AUGUACGCCAAGGGCAAGGGCUCCAGCGUGCCCUCCGACGGACAAGCGCGCGAGAAGUUGGCACUGUAUGUAUACGAAUAUCUCCUUCAUGUUGGGGCUCAGAAAUCUGCACAGACCUUCCUCUCAGAGAUCCGGUGGGAAAAGAACAUUACCCUGGGAGAACCACCUGGCUUCCUUCACUCCUGGUGGUGUGUGUUUUGGGACCUGUACUGUGCAGCACCUGAUCGACGGGAGACCUGUGAGCACUCAAGUGAGGCCAAAGCUUUCCACGAUUAUAGCUCCGCAACUACAACCAGUCCUGUGAUGGCCAACCUGCCACCCAGUGAUGCCAUCCCCAGCGGGCCUAUGUUGUCGGGCUUUUUCCAGGGACCACCUGGCUCCCAGCCAUCCCUACAUGCUCAAGCUCCCUUGCACAACCCCAAUGCGGCAAUGAUAGGACCCCAUAAUCAGCCAUUCAUGCCUUCACGCUUCCCUGGUGGGCUCCGUCCUUCCGUUCGUAUGCCAAGCCAGCCAUCUAUGGGUGUGUCUGGCCAACCUCUGAUGCCCAGUGCAAUGGAUCCGGCAAUCCGAUCACAAGGGCAUCCUAACAUGGGCCCGAUGCAGCGCAUGACCCCACCACGGGGUAUGACAGGAAUGGCUCCACAGAAUUAUGGUGGUGGCAUAAGACCUCCUCCAGGGUCCCUGGUUUGCCCUGGGAUGCCCACAAUGAACAUAGCUCCGGGUGUUCGAGGAUCCUGGCCAAAUAUAAACACAAACUCGGUAUCCUAUUCCUCAUCUUCUCCUGGGAGCUAUGGGGGAGGCGGAGGCCCCCCUGGCACCCCUCUCAUGCCAAGCCCUGGAGACUCCACCAACUCUAGUGAAAAUAUGUACAUGAUGAACUCUGUUGGUCCUCCACCAAGCCGGCCUGGAUUCUCCAUGGGGCCAAGUCCAGAAGGUCCAAUGGCGGGAAUGAGUGCCAUGGAACCCCAUCAUAUGAAUGGAUCACUAGGUCCAGGUGAAAUAGAUGGGAUGCCCAAGAAUUCCCCGGGUAGCAUGGCCAGCAUAGCUAACCCACCGGGCACCCCACGUGAUGACAGCAGCAGUGAGAUGAGCAGCAGCUUCAUAAACCCCUUCCAAAGCGAGAGCUAUUCGCCCAGCAUGACUAUGAGCGUGUGA